AUGUUGCCCAAACAAAGCAAAAAAGUACAGGAAGAAGAAGAGGAUGCUGUCUAUGAAGUCGAGGAAAUUGUUGGUCACCGACGCUCUGCAAAGAAUCAAAGUAUGGUUGAAUACCUCAUCAAAUGGAAAGACUAUGCUCCUGAAUAUAACACCUGGGAAAAAGAACGCAAUGUCUAUUCUAAAGGCCUGAUCAGCAACUACUGGUCUACUCAGCCAUACACUCUUACUGCAUUCAAAAAAAAACUUCAUGAAACAGACUCUACUAUACCAAAGAAGCGUCCAGCUGCACCGCCGGCAACAAAGGUCGACCGAAAGAAGGUAGCUCAAGAGAUUAGGUCUUCCCAAAUUUCCACUGCACCUCCUUCUGGACUUGUCUGGUCUGAUGUCGAAGCCAUCGUUAAUGUAUUCCAUAGUGAACCUGCUACCUUCUUUGCUGAAGUCAAGUGGAAGAAUGGACAGCGAAACACCUAUAUUCCCACCAGAAUCAUCAAGAAGUACUGUCCUCAACAACUCAUUGCCUUUUACGAGAGUCAAAUCGAGUUUUACCUACCUCCUUGA